AUGUCAGAACCAAGCUUUCAAUCCAAACCUGGGAUCAAGGACGUGGAUAAACAGCUGAACCCAAGGCGGAUCGCUGGUUCGAACCCUGGGGAACCCAAGGCAGGGCGCUGGUUCGAACCCUGGUUACAGAUCAAAUUACUCAUCCUGCUUAUUCUUGCGCUGAUAUUCGGCUGCUUUGGACGCGUCAGACAUAGCGAAGCCGUGGACCUCAGCAGCAAGGGCAUCGGAGCUAUCUUCCUGUUUUUCGCCAUAAUAAUGAUAUUCUGCGUGUUAUCGUUCAUAUUGCUACUCGGCCUAUUUUACUUUAUCUUCGGGCUAAUCACCUACGAGGGCGUCUGUGCGCCGUUGCGGGAUCAAAAGAAGAACGAUUUCUUUCGCCAGAUGGAUGCGACAAUUGAUCUGCGGCGAUAUUUUGCGAAUAACGAGUCGGGCCCGCAACCAGAUUCGGGGUUGCACGUCUCGGAUGCGAUCGAGGCGUGCGCGGCAAACGAGACGAUCUUCAAUCUGCUGCAGAGAAACAAUUUGUAUGAUGUCAACGAUCUGGUGCGCAUCGAAGUUAUCGGCGCUCACGUAACGCCAAAUACGACCAUAUUUUCAGCGAACAUCUCCACAUACGAGGUGCUCACCCAGCAGGAGAAGGACGGCCUAAAUGUGGCGGCGCAAAGCAAUCUGUCCGACUAUCACAGUUCGAUAUUCAUAAAGCAUUUGUGCAACACAAUGGCGCCCGUCGAUCUGCCCCGGAUGAUCAAUAAGCUGAAAGAUUUGCGUUCCGGUCUGCCCAGCAUUUGGGGUAUCUAUGACUCGGCGAUAAUCGCCUUGGGCAACCAGGCAUUUGCCCUGGAGAAAUUUGAAAAAGAGCUCGCUGAUCGGAUUCGAUAUACUCUAAUUAAAAUGACCGAGAAACUGCUGGAGAUCGAUAAGCUUAUACUGUACGAGGACAGCCCGUUUCAGGAGUCUAUCGAAAAUCUAAUCGAAUUGGCGGAAGCCUCCGAAUUGUACAUCAGAAAUAAGGCCGAACCGUUUGUCAAUAUACUACGCCAGAAUCUUUCAGUUUUUGUCGAAGAUGAGGUCGCCAACUACACAGAAAUGGUCGUCAAUUUCUGUCAUCACAAUGUUGGCCGCUGCGCUCCACUUGCCUACAUAUAUUACCGCGGUGUGGACCUCAUAUGUCAUCGUCUUGUCGAUCCUAUGAAUGGCUUCUGGUUGGGCGUCCUGAUCUGUGGCGUGCUGCUCCUGCCGAUCCUCUUGGUGGCUCAUCGCUUGCUCUGCCUGUACAACAAGAUUUAUCCGUCUACGACACCAAUUGUCGCCGUGGCCGCGGGCAGCUGUCCAUUCUGCACAGGCGCCAGAUUACAGGGCUUACCUUUAUUGCCAAUUACCUUCGGUGUAUGCAAUGAAUUGGAUGCCAAUCGAUACGAGGAUAGAAAUGCUGCCGGCAGGCCACCAGCAGCUGCUGCAGAGGUCGAGGAGUCGGAGCCGGAGCUCUCGAGCAGCAAGCAUAAACAAGAAUAACAAAUAAGAAUUUAACUAAUUAUAUAUAUUUUCUUUGCGCGUUUUAAAAUGUAUAUUUAAUCGAAUGUUUUUUCUGCAUUGUGAAUAUAACUAAAGUGAUAUAUUUUAUACACAAUUAAA